GUUGUCCAAUGAGAUAUAACCACGUCACGAACGUCACGAAUACAAAUAGAAGUGAGACGUGAUAAAUAAAUUAUUUUUGGUUAGUCCAGUUUCUCUCAUAUUACGAGUUUCUGGUUUAUUCAGGAAGUCGCACGUGAAGAUUCAUCCAACAUAUUCAGUUGUUUUCAAUGGCGAUCCCUAAGAUAAAAGUGUUCAUAUACGCAUUAACUUUCUUAGGUUAUGCGUGGAGUGGUUAUGGUUCCGGUAUAAUAAGCAACUUGCGGGAUGCGGUUCUUGCCGCAGAACAUGUAUUUGGUGAUAUAUUUGAGAACGUCAUUACAGUUGCUAAGAAAUUUAAAAUUGUUCAUGAAGUAUUUGAUGCUGCUGUAGAAGAGGAAUGUAAAUACUCCUGUCCAGAUGGUGGUAAAGCAGUGAAAAAUAAGUACCACAAGCCUAGCAGUGAUGGUUGUGGCUCCCUUGGAUUGAAGAUACCCACAGAAAAUUUGCCAGUGAAUGAGAUGACAGUAUGCUGUGAUGAUCAUGAUAUUUGUUAUGAUACUUGUGGACAAGAUAAGGAACAGUGUGAUUUUGACUUCAAGCGAUGCCUGUACAAAGCGUGUGAAAAAUAUGAGGUAGCGGCUGGUCAGACAAUAGGGAAAGGAUGUAAGGCAGCAGCCAAGAUGUUAUUCACUGGUACAAUAACAUUAGGUUGCAAGUCAUACAUAGACAGUCAGAAGGAAGCGUGCUACUGUAUUCCAAGGAAGAAGAAGUACACGACAGGUGGCGAGUUUGGCGAGCUGUAGAAGAGAGAGAGCCGAAAAUAAUGGAGGAACAUAGGACCUCCAUCUCCAGGAUCAAAGAGUAAGCCAAACAAGAAACGAGCAGAAACAAGUGCAGGUUUAACUCAGCUCAGUUCCUCGGAAACAUCAGUUUGUCACCAACCCACAUGACAUUAUAACCCAGAAGGCUUCUAAUUUUUGUGUUUUAAUCCUUUUAGGAUGUUUAGCUGAACCAGUGGUGUGUAAAUGAUAAUAUAUUUUGAAGUUGGCUGUACUGUAAAUGUCAAAACAAAUCCUGAAACAUAAAUGAAAAAAAUGUGUAAUGGUCAUCUGCAUGAUUGGUAUGACUGCGUAGGAGAACCCAGCAACUGACCUCUCCGGCUCUGUUGAAGGGAUUUGACAUUUUGACAUUUCAUUUGUUUUUCUGCUUCCUGAAAUAAAUUUAUUUUGUGCUAGUCUUUGUAACCAUUAAUGUAAAUAAGACUGUUGUAAGAAUUACAGUACCAGAACUAGUAUUCAUGACAGUGUUUGGAAAUUUUGAUAAAGUUUUGAGUACGUUAAUGUGUUUUAAACUGAGGGGGUGGGUGUGUGACAGUUUCAUCAGCUGGUAAAGCAUUUGCUCCUGCAGCACCACUUUUUCACUCUGUGUUGUAUUAUUUAUUGUAAUUUCAUUUUGUAAUGUUUAGUUCCUUGUGACAUGACAGUUGAGCACACUGCCUCAUAUUUGUCUAUUUGACUACAGCAUCCUUCCAGCAACUGUAUAUACUUACGUAGUUCUGUGUUGUGAUAUAGCGUGAUGUAUGUGUUUUGUAUGGCACUUGGGCCCCUUGAGGAGCAGAGGUAUGUUGUAUGAUUACUACAAAAGCAAUAAAACAUAUUGUGAUAAA